AUGGAGCUACAGGAGGUGAAAAAUAACGCGGAAUUCGAUAAAAUUUUGGCUGAUUAUUCCAGGUGAGUUACCGUCAAUCUUUUUGUACAUCCAUGUAGAAAGUAUUAAUUUAAAAACCAAGCCGGUCAAGAUAGUACAGUCUUACAAUGAGUUCAUUGAGCGACAAGGAAAAAGGUCUUGAAACGUACCCAGCUGAAGAGAGGAUUGAGGAACAUAGUUCAUACUAAGGAGUUUUUCUUUUCAGCUCUUAAGCGAACUGCCCAAGAUGACGUUGUCUCAAAAAGAAAUUUAGCAGGAGAGUUCGCGUUUUUAUUCAACUUACAGACUGGAUCAGUGGAGAAUUGUUGUGAUCACUUAAAUUGUUUAAUAAAAUAAAUAAAAUUAAUACAAAUAUGUUAAGACAAAACCAAUUAAGAUUGUUGCAGUGAUCUAAGCAAUUAAACAAAGGUUUACAAAAGAAAUGUAUUCUUAAAGAACGUGGGAGACAGGGCAUACAUACAUUAGUAAAGCGGGACAACACGGAGAAUUUAUAGCCAUUUUUCUGUGAAUUUACUCAGCUCUAUGAUCGAGAAGUACACCCAGAGCUGUACAUGUAUACGAAGCUAGGGGGUUUGCAUAUCAUGCCAAAGAACUGUCUUUAUAGGUCUAUUUUUUGAAGUGCGAGUGAUCUACGUUUUUUAUUGUGGAACUUUGUUGGUUUUUAAUUCACAAACAUAAAUUACUGUACAAGGCUGGGAAUGGUUAUUUUAAGUCUAUCAAUAAUUGAUCAUCACAGAACUGACCACUCCUAAUAUUAUAUAGUCAUUGACUGGUACAUUUUUCUAAAGAAAGGGUUUUUAUAGGGGUUCUGGUUACCGUAUUUACUCACAAUAUUUUUGUCCAGGAAUCUGGUAACUGGCUGUUACUGCCUGUGAGUGUUCCUGUACAAGUGUGUACAGUGGUAUUAACUCAUAGAGGGUACUAAAUUCAAGCCAAGUGAGUAAAAAACCAACCUAAUCCUGGGUACCUGAAGUUUUUUCUUUAUAAUUAGCUAAUACCAAUGGUUUGCAUUGAGCCACGAAAGCAAGGUGUGAAGCGCCAAGAAAGGAUAAAAAAAAAUGUCACAGGAGAGUUUUGUCAAAUCAUCCUAGGUAUUUAGAGAAUGGACCUGUAUAGCUAGGGUACUAUUAAAGUAACUUAGAAAAUUGGGAAAUAACCUUCAUUAAGUGGCCUCCUAUUACACUCUCUAUGAUGUACAUAGCAUGCCAAAAAAAAAAAAAAAAGGUGACAAUUGCAACAAAAGACACUUCCUAAUAAUCAUCUGAUGUAUACAAAUGAAAACAGCAAGCACUACAUGUUUGCUGAAAUCUUUGGACUUAUUUGUCAGCUUAAAUGAAACCGCUACCCCAAAUUCUUAAUCUCAAGAACCAUGUGUAUAUUAAAACGCUUUAAGUCCAAAGGCUGACCAACAUCAAUUUCCUACAAUCAACAGAAAAGGUUAUGACAAUAAUGCUUUAAUGGCAAAUGCUUUUAUCUUUGAACAAAUUCUUUCAACCAGUUCAAUGAGAAAAUGUAUGGCAAUCAGUCUAGAGAAUUUGUAUGUGAUUAUUGGGUUAAAGGUCUAUGUUUGCCCUAAUUUGGACAUGUUUAAUUACAUCAGUGUUCAGGGUAAGGGUCAGUCUGCACAUAGUUAUCUACCGAGUACUGACAGUGUUGUCUCAAAGUCCUUAAAGAGUUUUUUUUUUUUCACAGUUUCCUAACAGUGAUUCAUUUUCAUGCAUCAUGGGCUGCUCAGUGUACACAGAUGAAUGAUGUAAUGACUGAACUAGCUAAAGACAACACACAUGUUAAAUUUUAUAAGGUAAAUGUAACCCUAAUUAUAUAUAACCCUUUGACUCUUAGAACAAGUUAUGGCAAGAUAAUUUGUCUACCUAACUUCUUAAUCUGUGAAUGAAAUCCUGUAUUAAUCAUCAUUCAAAAUGUGAAACAUCUUCCGUAGAACUUGUAUGUAAUACCAUUGAUUUAUGUCUGAGGAUUUUUGUACCAGAAGAUUUUUGUAAUGUUUGUGAAUUUUUUAAACAUCUCAGUCAGUCUGGCAGCUAUUUGAAGUGAAGGGGCUAAUUACUAUUAGAAACAGAGAAACCUAUUUUAAAUGGUUUUCUAUUAAAAUUAAUAAAUUAUAUUAAUAUUAAUAUAAUUAUACACGGCAUUAAUUAUUAUAAACAACAAAGCUGACUGCUUUUGUCAAAUUUUCUUAAUGUUCUAGCUCGAGGCAGAAAAUUUACCAGAAGUGUCACAUAAAUAUGAAAUCAGUGCUGUUCCCACAUUUCUUUUUUUUAAGGUAAGUAACUUCUGUCUUUUUAUGGCAGACCAUAGGAAUUCCUUUUUGAGGGAAAUUCACAAAUAGCUUUCUAGUACUUGUAUUUCUUCAUCAAAAAGAUUGCCAGAAGGAUCAGACCAAUUAUUGAAUUUUAAAUAAAGCUCAAUUCAAUUAGCACCAGUUUCACCUGUAAUUUUAAAAACUUCAAGGGAAGAAUUAUUAGCACUAGUAGCAGUAUGACAAUUCUUCAAGAAUUAAUCCAUUUUAUCUUAGCAAUCUUCCAGGUAAAGUGUUAUUGAAAAUGGCAUUCAUGCACAAUCAUAGCCAUUUUGAAAAGUUUUAAUUUACUCAUAGUUUUCGUAUGUUUUAUUUGUGAAAGGUGUUCUCUUUUCUAGUGACAGGGUAAGCGCAGACCCUGGAAAAUCAUGAAAAGUCCUGGAGCUGCUUUUUGUACAUUUUGGUAGUUUCUUGGUGUUGUGGAUGGGUUUGAUCACCAAAUGACAUGAUACAAAAUAUUGAAAAGAUGCUGAAAAAUACCCACUCCACAAAACAAAAGUGGACCAACAAUAGUAUCCACAAUGCUCACCAAGAAACACCUGGCUCCAGUUGUUUAAAAGUUGGAUAGCGCUAUCCACCGGAUAUUUAUCACUACCCAGCGGAUAGCUUAAUCGCUUUCCCUAGUACUUAUCUGCUGGAUACUGAUUUAUCCGGUGGAUAGUGCUGUCCAACAUUUAAACAACCAGGGCCUGAAAAUUUCAAGGAUUUGAAACAUUUUUCUAGUAUUGAGCAUCGAGUUUUGGAUGAAAAAUUCCAACAACUGAUUGGAAGAUGUAGAUUUUUCAGCCCUGGAAAAAUUUUGCCUUAGUCCUCAAAAAAAUAUUUUUAAAAUGGCACAAAUCAUGAGAAUUUAAAACAAGAUGCCUAAAAUGCUUGUUAAUACAUUGAUGUAUCAAAAGUUGAACAUUGUUGCUUUUUUUUAGAACCAGAAAGUUGUUGAUCGGUUGGAUGGAGCAAAUGCCCCCAGCUUGACCAAGAAAGUACAACAUCAUGCAAAUGUCAUCACACCAGCUGUUACAUCAGCAAAUCAACAGGAAACUAAGAAGGUACAUCUGUUUUAGUGUUUGGUUUAUAGCCUGUACAAGGCCCCAAGAUAGUAAGGAACUUAACAGAUGGAGAAAAGUUGGGCAAAAACUGUCUAGGGCCUGGGGACAGAGGAGGAAGUGGAGACUAUAAGCAUCAUUUUCAAUACCUCAUUCCGGUAUACCAGCCACUGGUAUACCCUAUGAUUAGUCAACCUUGACAGUUUACGUCAACACUUAUGCGAAACUUGGCUUCGCACACACAAACAAACAUGGCAAGCUAGUGAAACUCUCCUACACUGAACAUUUUCACAUUUUGACACGAGGUACAGCUUUUCUGGGAGUGGGCAAGGUAGUAAGCUACCUUAGGUAUUCAGGCUCCCCCCUCUCUCUUCUUCACUGUUUCUACUCACUUAAUUUUUCGCUGCUUACCCACCUUUUUGGCUAAUUAGUCUGCACUGACUAAGAGCCUGCCACAGGCUUUUUAGUUUAUUUCUAUUGUGUAGUAGACAGCAACAGAAGCUGCAUGGGCACUCAAGAUUUCUAAGGCUCUAAACUUAAUGCUUCCUUCUUUUCGGAGCACAGCCUUAGUAUAAAGUUUUUUGAUCAAGUGAAUUAUACCAUUAAUUUGUAAUUAUUAUUGUGGUAAUUUUGUUUCCUUCCACAGGACAUAAAUACCAGAUUAAAAAACAUCAUAAAUGGAGCUCCUUGUGUGUUGUUUAUGAAGGGAUCCCCUCAGGAACCUCGCUGUGGUUUGUGUCAUUAUAAUUUAUUUUUGGUGCUUUACCUGUUAUAUAUCAUUGCUCUUGGCCAUCUUUCUUUUAAUUUUUGUAUCAAACCUUCAUAGUAGUUGUAUACUCAUGAAUACAGAUAUACUUCCUCAGCUUCAUUGUUAUUUUUGUUUUUAGUAAAAUAAUACUCUGAGCAACUGCUAAAACAGAAUAACACUUUGUUUUUCUCUGAAGUUUUAGCCUGUUCCAGGUGUUGAAAUAGUGUAGAAUGGUACAAAAUGGAGAGCAGAUAGAAAGAAAAAAAAUGCUGAGUAGUUGGAGAGGGAGAAAGGAGGGAGUCAUGGUAUUCUCUUUGAACCAUAUCUUCCUUUUUUUUCCCUACCCUACCCCCCUCACUAUUUUUUCUUGCUCUCGUCUAUUUGCAACAUCCCCAUAAUGGGAAUAGCCUUAUGAAAUUUAGGAAUACUUUUGAAGUUCAAGCUGAUGUGUAUAUAUUUACAGGUCAAAAUUAACGGUAAAUUUCCUCUGUCUCCUAGUUCUAAUUCAUGAAAUAAUUAGGGCUAGGAGACUAAGGAAAUUUAGAAUCAACUUGGGUUGAAAAAUUUUAACCUUAAUUUAAUUUUGACCUGUAACAUCACAUUUGUUUACAUUUAAUACAGGAUUCAGCAGACAGAUGGUGGAAAUAUUAAAUGCUCAUGGAACAAAAUACAGUCAUUUUGACAUUUUUACAGAUAAUGAAGUUAGACAAGGUAUGUAUUUGAUGAAUGAUUAGUGAUUGUAAUAGACUUCUUUAGCUUUUGCCCCUUUGUCUUUUCAUAAACUUAUACAUACAUUAUUAAGCACUUGAAUAGGACAAAAUUUGAAAGAAAAUUAAUGGUUCUGUAGAGUACUAUACUUGACCUACAUGGGAAAAACAUACAAGAUAAGAAGGUCUAUUAUCUAAUACUAGGCACAUACCAACACUGACCCAAAAAAGCAAUUUUUUGGACAGCCUGGCAAGACUUGUUCUAAAACUGUUUCAUUGGUUUGAUUUGAGAGUGGCACAUAUUUGAUAACUGACAUUAAAAUUUAAGGUUUAAAGAGUCAGCUAACCUCAAACAAAUUUAUUCUUAAAAUGUUCUUUAGGUUUAAAGGUUUACUCCAACUGGCCAACAUAUCCACAGCUGUAUGUUAAUGGGGAAUUAAUGGGAGGUCUGGAUAUCGUGAAGGUAAAGUUUUUAUCAUAGAAAUUGUGUCUUGUGUUCAUUUCAAUUGACAACAACUCUUUGAUCACAUUAAUAUUUUAUAAUUUUAACUGUGUGUUUAGCUAUGUAAACAACACCAUAACUAAAUUAUCUAUCCAAGGACACCCUUUUUUUCUGUAAUUUCUCAUUCACUAGAAAACUUCCAUCUUCUGUAAUUUGUCAUUUCUCAAUACACAGUCAUCAUUGCUGUCCCUUAUAGUACGCAGGACACUGUUCUCGUACAUUUUGUUUGAUAUGGCCUUGCUCUCCAAGAGUACCUCUAAUGCUUAGUGGAUAGACUGCCAACCCAGAGUUUAGGAGAUGAUGGAUUUAAAUCCCAUUAUGGACUCCGGAUUGUUUUGUCUGUUCCAUACUCAUGACGUCAUUAUGAUGACUUUGUCUUCCUUGUUCACUCCCAGUAUACUGCUUUCUGUUCAUCAUAUUGUGCCUGCAGUUAACUGAUGUGGCUGCCACACAGUGAUGUCCAAUCUCACCUCUCUGGUUCUUUCACAAUUCAGCCACUGGCUGCAAGAGAUGAAAAACUGGCACCAUUUCCUCUUCCAUUUCCAAUUGUUUCUUUAACUUAAGAGACAGCAAUCUUGUAUAGAUGCAGUAUGUGUAGGAUACAAGUACACAAAUACUACAGCUGCUUAGUACAAUAAUAUAUUUGUAUAAUAUCUUCCUUGUCCCAGGAACUGGCAGCAAGUGGGGAACUUGCCUCGACACUUCCAUCAGAAAAUGAUCUUAACAAAAGGUAACAACUACAGUAAUUCAUUUAGGAAGUGAAAAAUGAGACAACUUGUUUAAAAUUCAACUAGUUAUGCCAUGAAAUUCUAAUUAAUCAUCAGUCAUAAUGUGAGACAACAGUUUUUUCUUUUGUGAAUAGGCCAUUUGCACAAUGAUGUUAUUUUACUACUGUAACUAGAAUCCUUCAGGUUUUGCUUUCUUGUGCAAAUUACAGGUUGUAGGGCUUUUGAUGUAUUUAAACUUUUCUGAGAUUACCAAAUUUAAAUGUGAAAGGAAAAAUGAACAGGAUUCUGAUUGUUGUAGUAAAUUGACACCAUGUAGCGUUUUAGGACACCAGUAGACGCUAAGUCAAUCACACAGUUGGACAUAAAGUCAACAUGCUUUCUUUACUCCAUCUUCACUGCUUAACUUACGAUUCUAGUAUGAUGCUGGAUGCUAGUACCCAGUACAUCUCACACCAUCAUGCAAAUGGCCUGUUAUAAUGGUGCCACAGUUUUUCAAACCUUAUUGCUAACCAUUAUAUUUCAGGUUGCAGUCAUUGAUUUCAUCUGCUCCAGUGAUGGUGUUUAUGAAAGGAAAUGCAGAGGUAUCAGAUGUAUCUUAUUUGAUUAUUUGUUGUUAAAAUAAAUUGAAUACCUAGAUGCAAAAAGAUAUCAUGUCGUAUCUUUUCCAGCUAUUAACUGACUUGUAUUUGUGAUUUAUACUUAGGGUUCGUACAGAGUCUUGAAUUCAUUGAAAUUUUCCUAACAAUUUUCCAGACCUCGAAAAAAGUCUGGAAAAAUGGUGAAUAGUCUUGGUUUUUUUUUUCAAAAUUUUCGUUUUCAUCAAAUCUUAUUUAAUCUCACCCUUACGUUUGCUGUUCAUUAUAAAAAAAACUUUGUUCUGUUUAUCACCUGUUUGAUAACCUUCAGUUUGGAAAAAGAAAUUAUUGUUUGGAAAAAAAUAUGGAAAAAAGUCUUGAAUUUUGGUUCCAAAAAUCUGUAUGAACCCUGUAUACAUGUGUUUAUGUUAAUGUCUCGUUUUUCUGCAAUGCCAGAAGCAUUUUGUCAGAUUAGAAUUCAGUUUCUCUGCCUAUAUUAAUAGAAAUGAAUCUUUUGUUUAGGCUCCACGGUGUGGUUUCAGCAAAAAGAUGUGUGAGAUCUUGAAAAAAUACCCCAGGUCAGUUGUACAGGAAACAGAUAACUUCCCGGUGUGCAGCAUGGUAAAGUUACCUUACAAUACACCUUAAAUCCUAUUCACAAAACUUGAAGACUGGCUUUCACAGGCGGUGCAAGUAAACUUAUAGUUGUGCUUUCAUUUUUGCUUAAUUUAAAGUGACAAAAAUCACUAAUCAGCUUGUAUGAAGAAAGCAAUUUUAAAUCGUGUUUGUGAAACAGCUUCCCCUUUGGUGUUAACGGGGCGUAAAUUAUACACAAGUGAUCACAUCGUAUGUAAAACUCUUUCAGCUCUUCUCGCGUGAUUCACAGGAGCACAUGUGUUGGUUCUUUUUCUUAACCAUGGUUUUUUUUUUAGUGUCCAAUUCAAGUCUUUUGAUAUUUUGGAAGACCAAGAGGUAGGCAUUUUAAUUUUUCAAGAUCAGAAUCAUAUGAGCUGGCUAUUGUUUAAAAAUUGAGUGAAAAAUACUGGUGGCUGGGUAGAGGCAGCGACACUGAACAAUAUUCUUAAUUAUUGUGGUAAUGGGGUGUCAUUACUAAAAUAUCCUUUCUUCUAUUUUAGAUUUCCAAAGUCAAUGCCUUACAGCUUUACUUUUCAGGGUUUAUUCUAGAAAUUGGCCAAUGAGGGUCAAAUGGGCCCCCUUCUGCAAUUUCAGGGGGCCCUCUUUCAAGAAAAGGGGUCCAAGAAAGGGGGUUCCCCAAAAGGUACUUUGAACUUUAUAUUGGUAUUCAGUUUAUUGACGCUUUGCCGCCAUUUCGGAACAUUCUGGGCAACUGUAAAAGCGUGGGCUCGAAUUACUGCAGAAUCCCGGAUGUUUGUCUGGUGAAGUAAUGACUCCAACGAACAAGAGAAAGGCAAUUGAGACAGUAAGAGGCCAUAAAAGUUCAAAGUAAGCUUAUAGAGCGGCCGUCAAAUCAGUGUUGUUGUCAGUGAUGUUUUCGAAUACUUUAUUUUACAAAAAAAUAGUUCUUAUCCUUGGGUCUAUUUUUUUUUGGCGCGCACCAUUUGACGCGGCAAGGUCAAUUUUAUGGGGCAUUUUUUUCUUUCAAAUUGCGGAAAUCCCGCAAGGCCGCGCUCUAGAAUAAACCCUGCUUUUUAAAAAAUUAUUUUGUAUCUGAGAUAAUACUAUCCCUUAAUAACUACCACUGUGCUCGUGUCUCUUACAACUUACGCUAGUCUUCCCUUGAUACAUGUACCAUGUAGUUAGAGAGAUUUAGAGUCCCGCGUACGGUAAACAGCAAACGUCAGAUUCACGUUCAGAAAUUCUCAAAGAAGAAAAGGAGGGGAUAAAAACAUGAGCAGCUCGAAAUAAUUCUCAUGGAUAAAACUGGCGUGAAUCUACUGAUUUACGAGUAGUUAUAUUGAACAGUAAAAGUCGAUAUGUAGGCAAAACGUGGUCACCUGGUACAAAUUCACGUUUGCCAUUUGCCGUAAAGGUGACCCUAAAUCUGUCUAUUAUCACCCGGCAUCAGGUGCGUCAAGGCCUGAAGACUUUCUCCAACUGGCCUACAUAUCCACAAGUGUACGUGAAUGGAGAACUUAUCGGAGGCUUGGAUAUCAUCACGGUAAUAUGCUUUCCUUUCAUUUGAAAUACAAGAAGAUCUAGUCUACAGUUCAUCAGCCUCAACGCUUUUUUGUUUGUUUGUUGUUGUUUUGUUUGUUUAUUUAUUUUUUAAAGGGAAUAUCUUAGUUGAAAAACCCUUUCAGAUUUUAGUUUGUAUGAUGGAACAGGUCUCAAGCACCUUUAUGCGUACCUUGAAUUUACGGAGAGUAUUGAUUAUCUAGAAAAUAUAAUGUCAGCUCUGCAGUUGCAUUUUCCUUUUUUGACACGUCUGUAUUGGCUUCAGAUUCUCAGUGAUUAGAAUUCAUUAGAUUUUCCGUUUGUCUUUUAAUCAUUCAGUUUUAACUUACUCCAAUUUGAGAAAUUUGUAUACACGAAAAUGGCUUACCUCUAUGCUUCGGUCUAACGACGUAUGUUUCAUUUUUUUUGUAUUCAGGAACUAGAUCAAGGGGGUGAACUCGAAAGCGCGCUGAACGGUUGAGAUCAAAAAUCAGUCCUGGCAAACCGACAGCUAACAAGAUCAACAAAAUCGUAACAGGAGACAAGCAGUAAUGUUGUUAUAAACUGAUCGUUUUGGGUGCAAGAAAGUUAAUUUAAGACAGAACAGUAAACAAAUAUCCGUGCAAACGUGUGACAAGUGUCGUGAAGUUGUUUUAACCUGUGCUUUCAAACCUGGUUGUGACUUCAGUUCCGUUAAGGGGAUUGUGAUCGCCCUCUCGUCGUGAAAUUCGUCGCGCAUGCGUAUCAGAGGUGUUUCUAUGGGAUUGUCCCGACCGUUUGAACACAUUUUUGAGACGUCCCGUGCGAUUGACGCGAUCCGCCUGGGUUCUGGGUUCUGGGUUCUUGCUUCAUUUAAGUAGCAUCCAUAGCGCAGUCAUUUUCGUUUUUGCCGGCUUACUGCCAUGACAGAAUGACAAGCGCAGUAGUUUAGGUGUUGUGCUUAUGGAAACGCUCUGCGUGUGUUUAGUGGAAAAGAUGUUCACAAAUCUGAGAAAACGUGGAUGACGAAAAACACACCUUUGCGAUUAUCAUGCCCUACUUGUUCAAAAGGUGGAUAGCGCUAUUCAACAUUCACACAACUGUAGCUAUAAAGCUUGCAUUUUUUAGUGAGAGAUUAGUUUGGUCUUUCUCAUUUGAGCCGAGUUUAUGAUAAUUAUGAGGAAGUUACACGUUUCUGGUCUAACAUAUUUCUGAUUUAUUGUAGAAGGUUUUCAAUGGAAUUAAAUUGUUGAG